AUUGUAAGGUGUGGCAGCUGAGUGACUCGCUAUGUUUAAAUGAGCGGGUCUAGCGCAAGGCGCGCUUUGCGCCUAAAACUUGAAAACUGUACAACGACCGUAGAUGAUAGUGAAGAUGACGCCCACUAUGUGUCCACCAUCCGAACGAACCCCCUGGAUACGAGGACACACGUGGUUGUCGAGCUUUAUGACAACGAAAGGACGUACGUCGAGUCGCUGCAGAUUCUCGUAACGAAAUACUUGGAACCGCUCAAAAAUCCAGAGAACUCCGGCCUUCUCGAUGCCUCUCUCGUCGACGAAAUUUUCUUCCAGGUACCUGCCAUUUUGGCCCAUCAUCAACUCUUUUUGGACGAACUUAAGAAACGACAUGACCAUUGGGAUAAAAAGCAAAAACUCGGAGAUGUCUUUCUUGACAUGUUUUCUAAACCUGAAGUAGUUGAUGCCUACGCCAAUUACAUAAACAAUUCAAAGAGGGCAAGAGAAAUUAUUAAAAAUGCUCAACAAUCGAAACCAGCCUUUGCAAGAUUUUUAGAGGCAAUGACCAGAGAACACAAAGGAAAAUUGGCCUUAGAUUCAUUAUUAAUAAAACCAGUUCAAAAGUUUCCAAAAUACGAAUUGUUGUUGCAACGACUGCUAAAACAUACUGAUCCAUCACAUCCGGAUCAUGCCCUCCUCUUAAGCGCGGAAAGAGUAAUUCAUGAACAACUUUUAAAAAUAAAUUGUACGGAACGUGAAACGCUUGAAUUAGAACAGCUCAGGGAAAUCGAAGGAUUAAUUGAAGGGUUAAUAGAAUUAGUAUCAAACGACAGGCAGUAUUUGAGACAUGAUUUGGUUAAUAUGACGGCUGGGGGAGGUGCGAGAAAAGAAAGAGCGUUGUUUUUGUUUUCUGAUCUACUUCUAGUGACUAGCAUUAAACGAAGAAGUGGUACGAUAAAACGACCGAUUCCGGUGGGGCAAGGAACAGUUGCAAGUAGCCUUGAAGCCAAUAAGUACAAACUACUCAUGAAGAUUCCUUUGCAAGAACUUGAAAUACUGAGAGCUAAAGAUGAGAAUUUGCGACAGAUGAUGGUAGAAAUCGAAAAUUUAACGGAAGAUAUAGCGUUACUAAACCAAAUGAAUGAUCUUUCAUGGUCUUUGCACUGUUCUCAUAAACAACUCGAUGAUGUUAUCAAGGAAAUGUUGGGAAACCUUAAUAAGCAAUUAACGGAACAGCAAAAUAGCGAUUCACAACUUUCUUGUUUAGAUUUAGCUUUAAAUACAAGCAAUGGUCUUCAGAACAUUUCUAUAAUGUUUUUGAAGCCGGAAAAGAGGGCAUCAUGGGAGGAAUCAUUCAACGAAGCUAAACAUAAAUUAGCUAUCUCAGGAGAUAAACGAGCGUGUCCCGAAUUAGUCACUGCCGUUCCCAUUAGAAAAACCAGAGCUGGCCUUCAAUUUACCUGCGCUGCUCCAACAAUUGGGGACAAAGGCAAAGAUGUGUGGGUGUGUAACAGUGACGGUUAUGUGGGCCAAGUUUGUAUUCUUAGUUUAGAACCAGAACCCACGGUUACUUCUUGCAACGGCGUGUGUAACGCCAAAAUACUUUGCAUUACCUCAGUACCUGGAGUCAGCAAUAGUACUGUUAAUAACAAAGGCCUAAACAUCAACGUAACUAAAGAAGACCAAAAUACAAUACAAUUCGAUAGUAGUUCUUCUAGCGAAGAAGACAGAAGCGAUUGCGAUGAACAAGAUGAAAGCAGAGUUCCCACUGGAACAAAUACUGAUACUAUAAAUCUAGAAAACGAUGAUGCAGAUACCCAACAAUCAACAAUGUGGUUAGGAACUGAAGAUGGUUGCAUACAUAUUUAUAACUCCAGCGAUAAUAUCAGAAUUAAAAAGAAUAAGUUUAAAUUACAACACGGGUCAGCUAUUUUAAGUAUAAUGUAAGUAUUUUAAAGUCAUUAUAAGA